AUGGCCUCAUCGCGAGCAAGCAGCAGCUUGGCGCUGGCCGUCGUCCCCCUGGCCGCGCUCCUCCUCCUGGCCGGCCCCGGCGCGGCGCAGUCCUCCUCGGCGCCGGCGCCGUCGUCGGGGUCGGGCAGCUGCUUGACGGAGAUGGUGAGCCUGUACCCGUGCCUGGGCUACAUAUCUGGCAAUAGCACGUCGCCCAGGGCAUCGUGCUGCUCCGCGCUGUCCAGCGUGGUGGCGUCCAACCCGCGGUGCCUGUGCACGGUGCUCGGCGGCGGCGCCUCCUCGCUCGGCGUCACCGUCAACAACACGCGCGCGCUCGAGCUCCCCGGCGCAUGCAACGUCAAGACGCCGCCGCCUAGCGAGUGCAAGUCCGUCGGGGUACCCGUGCCAUCGUCGCCGACAUCGCCGGCCACCACACCAUCGUCCACAACUCCGGCGAGCACAGCGGCGGCGGCGUCCGUGCCAGCUGCUCCCGCUGCAGCUGGAACCGGGACGAAGGUGACCCAGACCGCGGAAUCCUCCGGCGGGAGCACCACCGGCGGCAAGGCCGCCACGUCGGUUUUCCCGUCGCCGUCGUCGUGCUCUCGGCAGCAGUUGCGCUGCUCCAUGCUUGAUUUCUGGAUGUGUGCUUUGUCAGACUAUACAUGUAUCCAUUGCAUCUUUGUUUUGGUGUCUUUGCUGAGUGUAUUUUAA